AAACAUUUUUAAAAAAGGAUUUAAAAAAUACACACACACACACACACACACACACACACACACACACACACAGGGUCCGAAACUCUGUAUUUGCCAAGCUUGGGAGCUGAAUAGAUUUGGACUAUUUUCAGCUAAACCCCUUACUUUGCAAGCUCAUUUUACCCAAAUAGAUUUGGAUAGCAUGGUGUCACAUGCUUCCUGAACUCAGGAACUGGAGGAUACAUUUGUUUUGAUGAAUCCCUAUCUAAACUCUGAAACCAGAUAGGCUUGGGUGACAGUAUCAAAUUUCAAAUCUUAUCUGAAGCCAGAAACAAAGGAUUUAGGUAAACUUUUUUGCAAAUCUUCAGAUUUGGAAUGUGAGUGACAUCUCCCACAGCAGGUGAGAUGCAGAACACACACGUGUGUGCACACACACACAUGGUCCAUGUGAAUCUGAGUGUCUCACCAGGCUCUGACUGUAGGAUGAGAAUCCCUCUGGCCCUUACUGCUUUUCUCAACCUCGCUGUCCUGCCAGAACCAGAGGAAGAGAUCAUUGCUGAGGACUACGAUGAUGAUCCUGUGGAUUAUGAGGCCACCCGCUUGGAGGGUCUGCCACCAAGUUGGUACAAGGUGUUUGACCCUUCCUGUGGGCUCCCUUACUACUGGAACGUGGACACAGACCUCGUGUCCUGGCUCUCCCCACAUGACCCCAACUCGGUCGUUACCAAAUCUGCCAAGAAGCUCAGGAGCACUAAUGCAGACACUGAGGAGAAGUUGGAUCGGGGCCACGAAAAACCAGAGCGGGGCCACGAAAAACCAGAGCGGGGCCACGAAAAACCAGAGCGGGGCCACGAAAAACCAGAGCGGGGCCACGAGAAGUCUGACAGAGAUCGAGAGCGUGGUUAUGACAAGGUGGAAAGAGAGAGAGAGCGUGACAGGGAUCGGGAUCGUGACCGCGGGUAUGACAAAGUAGACCGGGAAGAGAGCAAAGAACGGCGCCAUCAUCGCCGAGAGGAGCUGGCUCCCUACCCCAAGAGCAAGAAAGUGGCGAGCCGGAAGGAUGAAGAGUUAGACCCCAUGGACCCCAGCUCAUACUCAGAUGCACCUCGGGGCACGUGGUCAACAGGACUCCCCAAGCGGAAUGAGGCCAAGACGGGUGCAGACACGACAGCAGCUGGGCCCCUCUUCCAGCAGCGCCCCUACCCGUCACCAGGGGCUGUGCUCCGGGCCAAUGCUGAGGCCUCCCGAACCAAGCAGCAGGACUGAGCCUCCCCGCCACCCUACCACCCCCCGGGGAUUUUUAAUAAAGGCUUUUCAAUGGAUUGUGACCAUGA